CAACAUGUAGGAGCGCGUUUAAAUUGCUCAUUCUUCCAUAUACACAACGAUGGCAGAUUUUAACGACGGGGUGGAUGGAAAGUUAGCUUUUAGAAUGCGAAAAGUCAAUCCCGAGCAAUUUCAUACGCUCGUAAAAAUGCAUCUGUCCUUCGAAUUGGAUCUUAACACGGAAGACAGUGAUGGUAUUACUGAGAAAGCAAGAUUGAAAAAGUGGGGUCUUCUAAACUUCACCAAAAAAUCCAAAUCUUCAGUCAAUUUAGAAAAAGGUACAGAAGGUGUUAUGUUAUCUGAGGAUGGUAUAAAUCAUUUGACACAACUAAUAGAUUAUCUGUCUAAGGAACAAAAUAUUGUACAAGAGGGAAUAUUUCGACGGACUGGAAAAUUAACAAGGCAACAGGAUUUAAAAACAGCUAUGUCUCAAGGUGUAUUUUUAGAUCUUGAUGAUGGUAGAUUUAGUGUACACGAUUGUGCUUCUGUGUUAAAAACGUUUCUGGCAGAACUAUCUGAACCACUCUUGACAGAUUUACAUUAUCCAGCGCAUUGCCAGAUUGCUGAAUUAUGCAGCUUGGAUGCAAAAUCAAAUGAUGCAAGACUAUUGAGUUCCUUACAAUUGCUAUUGCUGCUUUUGCCACCUCCUAACAGAAUUUUAUUGAAAGCUAUUGUUACCCUAUUGAACAAGACAGCGAGUUAUGAAUAUAGUAACAAAAUGAACAGUGAUACGCUAGCCACUCUCUUUACACCUCACUUAUUGUGUCCACGAAAAUUGACACCUGAAGCUUUGCAUAUCAAUUCUCAGAAUCUAUCUUGUCUAGUUGCAUUUAUGAUUAGAAAAGGUACGGAAAUGUUUGAGAUUCCACCAAAAUUGGCUACAGAUAUAAGAGCAUAUUGGGUGGAACAAGAAAGAAAAUUGCUGAGCCCUAAGAAGACUGAUUUAAACGAGUCAGUACCAGAUGCAACUAGUACAGCUCAUACUGUAUUCAGUUUUGUUGAUCGUAAAUUAACAGCGAAGGCUAAUUCCACGCAAGACACACAGGCCGCUUUGGCUCAACUAUAUGCUCAUAUACAAGCCAUGCCAGAAUCUGCCAAAAAGCGGCGACUUGUAAAACAAUUUAACAAGGAAAAUGGACAAGGUACACCCAGGCACGUAAAGAAUUGCAAAACCAAAAGUCUUGGAGAUUCCAUUAAGAAACACAUCUUUCAAAAGAAAAUCCUAGGUCACAAGAAAUUCGUUGACAUUAAUAUCGGAUGCAAUAUCACUAGAUCGAGCAGUGAAGAAAAUAUAUUGUCAACGAAAUUAGAAGAUUCAUUUCUUCCGGCAAGAGCGAUUCUUAGCAAAUCAAAUGAUGAACUUAGCAUGGAAAACUGUGAUACAAUUAAUAACGAUCUUUUACAUGUCAAAUAUACGAAUAAUAUAGAUAGCAUUAAGAAUGAAACUUUGACAAGUUGUAGAACAAAAAAGAUAAUAUCAAUCGAUGAAUCUACAGAUACAAAAGAGGAAUUGGAUGGAAAAAACAUACAUGAUACAAAACAGGAUUUGGGUUCUGUAGAACUUAGUUUGAGUUCAAGUUUACAAGAAAUUAAUGUAAUGAUUAAUGAGGAUAGUCACUCUGAUACUGAUAAAUUAACACGACCACUUAGUGAGCCACCUGACUUGUAUUCCACUCAUAAUAAUUUAAUGGACAAUAGUAAAUUUAUGCGGCGAAACUCGGAAUCCAUCCUCACAUCUGUUGCAAAUGUAAAAAGCUUUCCUUCAAAAACUUGUAUCUCGAAUGUAAAAUCAUCCGAAACUACUUUGAAUGUUGAAUCGCACGCUGAAAAUGCAUGUACACAUAAUUUACAGUCUCCGAUAGUAAAAAACAGAUUCAGGAAUGUGUACGCCGUUCAUACAUCGACGCCAUCAAGCUUAUUACGAAGCUUUGCAACUAACGACUAUAUCUUGACUCCUAUUACUAACAAUGAUAGAAGCAUGAGUCCGAUUACGCAAAGCGCAACAAAGAUGACGAAAGCCAUGCAGGAAACUAUGAUGACUCCGCGCUCCAGGAAGCCUGUAAUGAUUGUUUCAACUUCAAAUUUAUGCAAUCUCGUCACUGGCAGCAAUAAUUGCGAUUUACGUGGACCCAAUCUAGAUAUGGUUAGUACAAUAAAUAAUUGUGCUUCCAUUUUAGAGGAAUCUCAAACAUACAGCAGUACAGAUAAUGCGUUAGCUUAUACAAAAGAUGUCAAGAAUAAAGAAAAUAAAUUAGACACGCUCGAGAAACAUAGCUGUAUACAAUCUGUUGCAAACUGUUGCACCUGUAUGCAACAAAGUUCAAUGUCCAUAACGAGCACGUUCAGGGAAUAUCUAUUGUCAAGAAGUGUAUUAACCGCCAGUCCUGUCGAUCUCAGUUUUACAUCGCGGACAGGAGACUUUGAGCAAUCGGAAUCCGAUUUGAAUAUAUUAAAUGACGAUACUUUGUCUGAUAGUUUAUUGUGUUGCUUGGACGGUAAUCAACCAGAAUCUGAUACUUCCGGCAUUGCGUCUGGCAGCACGAAUAGUGCAAAUAAUUCCACUGAGAAAACAGAGGAAUUGUCUUCUCCGAGAAAACGAGGAACCAGCUUACAACGAAAUGAUUCUAAAAAAUCCGCGAGAGAAAGUGUGGUCAAGAGUACAAGAAGCGAAGAGUGCAAACAUAAACUGCGCGACGAGUCGACAUUAAAGCCAACAAAAAGCUUGAAAGAUAGCUUUCAAGAGACAUCAUUUUAAGCUAUCCAUACAAAUUAUUUAAUUAUUAAUAUUAAUAUAUCGUUAAGUUUAAAUAGAUUUCUCUGUAUGUAUACUAAGACU